AUAUUUUGACAGAUAACCUCACAAGCACACUGUACUAUUAUUGUUUUUGUUAAUAACUGUAAUAAUCUUUAAAUAAAAUGGGUGAAGAAUCCGUUGAUCCAAUCAAGAAAAGGCAUAGAAAGAAGCGUAAGAAUUUCUUAUCAAAUGCAAAGAAAUAUGCAAAAAAGGGUCAAAUGGGACGCGGAACGAAAAUACCGGAAGAACUGUAUCAAUAUUUUGUUGGAAUUCUGGACGUUAUAAAGCAAGGAAUUGAAGAUCCUGACGAACGAAAGUCUCUGGUUACCAAUGUUUUGGAGAGAACAAAGGGUGAAGAGUUGAAUGUUGUCGGGAACCAGCUUGGCUGUCGUCUCGUAGAACUGCUCCUUCCAUAUGCCUCACCAGAUGACUUUCAGAGGUACAUAGAGGUACUGUCACCAGAGUUACGUAGAUUAUGUUCAGAUAAUUUCACAAGUCAUAUCAUAGAAACGUUACUACGAGUAUCUUGUGAAAGAGCAACGGAACAUUUACAAAGUAAUGAUGAAUCAGAGGAGGAGGUACCGAAGAAAAAAGUUAAAUUAGAAAAUCCAUCAGAUAAAUAUACAAAAGAACACAUUGAUAUAUGUCACGAAUUUACAGUAAAGAUAUGUAAAUAUGCAUUGAAUAAUUUAGAAGAUUUUGUUUGGGAUCAAUACGCCAAUCAUAUACUACGAAGUGCAUUAAAGUGUCUGAGCGGUAUUACCUUGCUGCCGGGAGAAAAACCUAAAGUGAACCUCUUCAGAGAGGCGAUACAGGAUAAAAAAGGUAUACCACCGCAUCAAACUGAGAUGAAGUAUAAGGUGGUACCGGAUGAGUUCAAAGAAAUCGCCAAAGACUUUGGAAAUCGACUGUCAGCGUGGCCUCAAUUUAAAGACUUACCAUACCAGAACAUUACGUCAGCUCUGUUACAAGUUCUGUUAUACGCUGUGAAAAAUGUUGAUAAAAAUUUAACAAAGAGCUUAAUAAAGAAACUUUUGAAUGAAAGUUUUGCGCCUGAAGACUGGAUGGCGACGGGAACAGAUGAAACGAAAGACGAAAAAAUCGAUGUAGAUGCGAGUGACACAAAAGAAGAGCAAAAGUUAACAGCGGGUAACUUACCGCCUGUAUUCGAGAGUGAAUCAGCUGUCAGGUUAUUAGAAGCAGCGUUGUUUGUGUCUAGGAAGAAAAUGUACACACAGAUAUAUGCUCGGUGCUUCAUCAACCGGUUAGGUCAGCUCGCAACUAUGCCAAUGUUGAACUUCACCGUGCAACGACUGAUAGACAACUGCAACGUCAAGGAAGAGUUUGAGCCAAUGUUUGAAGAACUGUCACCCAAGUUUGGUGCUCUGUUGGCGUGCGGCAACACUGGCGUGUUGGUAGCUUUGGCGAAAGCUUGUCUCAGGAUAAAGGCGAAACAGAUCCAGUUUAUACAGAAUUUAGAAAAGGCACUGAAUUGUUCGGACGCUGAGAAUCAGAAACACUUCCCGGUGCAGUGUCUGAAGAUGCUGCCCCUCGGCACCAACGACAACAACAAGGAUUACUUCAUCAACGUCCACGGGUCUGUCGUGAUGCAGACAAUACUGGAUUUUCAGCGUCCAGCGAAGCCGGUGUCUGGUCUUCUAGAACUUUCUUCAGAAGAACUGUUGUACAUAUUCAGCGAUCCGAAGGGCUGUCACGUGGCGGACGCUCUGUGUCGCGGGCAGUUCGUCGGGGUGAAGGCGAGGGACAAGCUCGUAUGGAAGUUGAAGGGAUAUUAUCAGAAGCUAGCGUUAUCUCAGCACGGGUCUAGAGCCUUCGAGCAAAUCUUUGAAGCAUCGUCUCCGGAACAGAAGGUCAAAAUAAUGACAGAGCUGUCGGAUAAGAGUAACUUGUUGAACAGCACCAACUACGGCAGGCUGAUAGCGACCAAGCUGGACCUCAACACGUUCAAAGUGUCCCAGAAGAAGUGGGAGGAGUCGAGGAAGAAAAUUGAUAAAUAAAUCAAUUUUAUAACUG